CGGAGAAGUAGCGAUCAGUGAUCGGUUGCAUUUAAUGAUUGUAUGAACGGUGCAUCAUUACGAUUGGUUUGAUCUUGAGUUCAUAUCAAUCUCAUUCGGUGACAUCAAGUUCAUUGCAUUUUUUUUUAUUCGUUGACAAUUCGGCAUAUUUAUUUGUGAGAUUUUGAUGAAGAUAGGAGCUGUUUAUUCAUUUUGCUUUGCUCGAAAUAUCAUUUUCUUAGAAUGUGUCGUUAGUUCAGUGCGAGUUCCGUUGCCAUAGACAUUAAUCUUGGAACAAAAUAAAAUAAAACUCUUGCUGUUUGUUUGGAUUAUACUCAUUUUAUAAAAGUGACCAAUUAAAUUUAAAUCGAUUAAUCGAAGAAACGUACAUGAAUAUAUUGAUAGACUUUAUAAAGUGGCAACAAAACGAGGAUAAAGUGAACAAAGCAACAAUGUCACAAACUAUGCGAAAAAUGAGCUAUUCGUGUGUGAGGCAUCUACUAAUCUUCAUGGUAAUCAUAAACGUUAUGGAUUUGUUUUGUGCUGGAUCGCCUCCUCCAAAAGAUGCCGGAAACAUAGUUUUCCCCGAUGAAAUUCAUUACACUUCGACGCCGCAGUCCAAAGUUUCUGAUAGAUUGAGUGCCGGUCAAGAAAAUGCGUCGCGUCGAUUUAUUGCUGAUGUGAGCCGAUGUGCGGUCAACAACCAAACAUACUGCACAAAAGAUGAUAACUAUCCGUUAGCGCUGAUUCAAUCGCUGCUACAGAAACAUCCAUACGAAUAUGCACACGUAUUCAGUAGUGAUGAGCACCCGCCCCAAGACGAUAUAAUUAACCGAGACGGUAGUUUUGAUGAAAUCGAAUUGUGUGAUAUAAACAAAGGUGUUAUCACACCGACUAGCGCUAAAAAUAAAGACGGAGUCGAAGUUUACAUAUUCAACACUGAUAGCCAUAAGCAAUAUGUUCGCGUUUCGACGUGUCGAAGCAAAGGCCGAACGUGCAAAUUGAUUGUGAGUGUACCGAUUGGCUAUCGCACCGAAUGCACACAACAAUUUGUCUAUCACGAUCUACUCAGUUUGUCACCAGAUGGUAGUGGAGUCAAAGACACCUUCCCAUUCCCUGCGUGUUGCAGUUGCCAGGUUUACAGGGAUUAAUUAUAUAGAAUAAUUGAGUAUUAUCAUGAAAUGAGAUUCAGUUUUUCUAACAAUAAAUUCUAUCGACAAAAGGAAACAAA